AUGGGCGACGACAAGAAGAGAAAGAGGCAAGAGCAGGGAGGCGACCGACCCUCAAAGAAGACCGCCAUUGCACCCGCACAAGGCAAUGUGAAGGUGGAGUACAUCGAUAACGACGAGGUGCUGGGUCCUAUAAUAGCGUCAACACCCGGUCUCAAAUUCCCUUCGCCAAUCACCUUCAAAACCUACAAGCGCACCAAGCUCCUACCGGGCGGCAGUCAUACCGAGUUGCUCCUACAGUCCUCCGAACAUUCUCGUCUUGACUACACCGCCCGCGAAGAGAAGGAUGGAAGCUCGGAAAGUAAGCUCAAGGACUACAUCGGCGUGUACGAUCCCACGACCAGCAAGAUGCAACUCAUGCCGGUGAAGAGGGUCACAGUUCGAAGCUCGUUAAGGAGCGAGACGGAAGAGCUGCAGAAUAGGCAGGCCAGGAUCGAGGCAGCACAGUCCACAUUCACCGCGAAGAGACAUGCGCUCGCGGCGGAGUUCGGAUCUAAACGGUCACGGAAAGCUAUUGAAGACAUGACGCAGAACGCCAUCCAGCGUGGAGAUGCAACGAAAGAUGAAGGCAUUGCGGAGAACGUCUUGCAGGGAAUGUCUGGUGCGACGGCUGCUAUGCCUACUUCCGAGGAGCUUGCCGCUGCAGUGGCCGAGUCGAAACCACGUCCGCGCGCGAACCUGGCUGCCGAAUACCCUAUCGAUGUAUAUCCCAUCGACGUCGUGGUCGGCAAGGAAUUUAUGGCGCUCAUCGAAGUCAGCGACUGGGUCAGCGCCUCAGAAUCUGGAGCUGGUGUCGAGGUCCGCAGCAGAUUCGUCGCCAAGCGCAUCUCAAAAUUGGUCAAAAACAAGCAGUACCAGAAGCUCAAGCUACUGCGCUUCAUACUGCUUUGUGUGAAACUAAAUGACAUUGCAAAACCAGGCAAAGGAACGAAGAAACUUCCACCCAAGGGCAAAUUUGAGACUGCCAUGGGCGAGGAUGUACCAGCCGCGUUGGGCAACACCAUCAGGAGGAGAUUCGCCUCGGAAACUAACGACCUACCGCGCUGGAACAUCGACAACAUGAUAACCCACGCUUGUGCCGCAGCCCUCAUUGUAGAUGACUUUGAAACCGACGUUAAUGACCUGCGGGAGGACUUCAAGAUCGAGAAUAAACAGAUCAGGCAGUACUUUUCAGAGUUGGGCUGCCGACUUAACGUCCCCACCGAGGCCGAUCGCAACAAACUCAAGAUCACAAAAGCAGAGAGUAACAGCCACACCAUCGCGAAGCUGAGACUACCUCUGAAGUUCCCUCAAUUAAGGAGAGGCGCGCCGGGGAGGCGGUAG